AUGGCCUGGGUAGUGUGUAGCAUUGUCUUGGCUUUCAGUAAUGCCAUACAAUGGCUUUUCACGUCCCCGGUGAAAUAUCAAAAAGUCGAUAACCCCGACGCAACAUGGCAAACGACGUGGAAAGAUAUAUUGAGAUAUAUAGUCAUCCCUUUGGCGAUUAUCGCUUUCUUCACCAUGGUAUGCUUGUUGGAACAACAAUCGAAAUAUCGUUAUGCCGCCAAUCUCGAGUCCACCAAUUACAAGUUAAACUACAAUAUAACUCUCAGCGAAUUUCGACCGGAUUCCGAAGUCAAAAUAAUUAUGAUCGUGGUAUCAUCCUGGACAGAAAGUGGAUAUCUGAGAAGGAUGGAUUUCCGUGAUACUUCGGUCCGAUUGAUUCCUUCAAAUUCCGAGAAAAUUUCUGUCGCUUAUAGAUUUGUUCUUGGUGACUCCCCUUCCCCAAAGGUUCAAGCGAGCAUGGGCCAGAAGAUACUUGAAGAAUCGGAAAAAUACGGUGACAUCAUCAUUGUUCCAAAUUCGGACCUUUAUAGUGAUCUCAGUCGCAAGGUUUACAAGGCUUUCGAAUGGGCGAAUAAAUAUGACUUCAAUUACAUUAUAAAAACGAAUGAUGACUUCUUUGUACGCAUGGACAUCAUCUCUAAGGAAUUAGAGGAGAACAUCCCACCAAUUCACAAUGUCGCUAAUAAAAAUUCGGCUCUCGAUUAUAAAUUACCGUUAUUUCCGCCAUUUACUGCCGGAGCGCUUUAUAUUUUGUCUCGUGAUAUAGUUUCUCUCGUUGUCACUAAUGCCCCUAGACUCUUCACGAGAAACGAGGAUCAAAAUCUAGGGGUAUGGCUCUUCCCCUAUAAUAUUAAACUCAUACACGAUAGACGCAUACAACAGGCAGAUGUCUGCGAGGAUGACAUGAUCGCAAAACAUUUUAGCGAUUCAUACGAGAAGGAUCGAAGUAUGAGGGAAAUGUAUGAAAAUAUCAUUAACAACAGGCGGUUGUGCGAAGGAUUUAAGCAACGAUUCUGCGCGUUAUGCUAUCCUUGUUGGGGUAGGGAAAACCAUUGGAGAGACUGGAACUUUGAUUGCGAUGAUGUUAAAGGGAUCACUUUAUUGCAUCAGCAGAAAUUUGCACUCUGGGACUCAAAGACUCCCACCAAAGUAUUUGACGAACCCCUGAACAUCACCAUGGGAAGUAAAGAAGACGAAUGGAUAAUACCCGGACUUCUCUCUCAGCAUUCGUCUAUCUAUUCUUUGACAGAUCGAUGGUAUUUGUUACAUUGGUUGUGCUGGACGACAGAUUCAUCCACUUUUCAGGAACGUCAUUACAAAACAAUCGAGCUUAUCUGGGUGCACACUCCAAACGCUAUAGUUUUUGUUCUCACAACCACUUUACCCGACGAUUUCUUUGCCGUAUAUAAAAAGCAAGGAUAUCAAAUAUAUGUUAUUAAGUUUAAUAAAGGGCUACUAUUGGAUAGGCAAUGGUUUCUCGGUCCAAAUUCCAAAAAAUGGCUUCAGGACUGGAACAGAUGGGAGAAUACGCAAUUCUUCUUCUCCCACAUCACCGAUUAUAUGCGCUAUUUGCUCCUUUAUAAAUAUGGUGGCAUGUAUAUGGACAUGGAUGCACUUUGGAUACGCGCGCCUCCAGACACAAGAAUAGAAUUCAUUGGCUCAGACACUUCCGAUGUUUCCCUUGAUCUCGAAUGGACACUCGAGAGAGGCAUUUAUCUUGCACCUGGGGUUAUGCGUUUCCGUAAAGGCCCCCGUGCAAUCACGACGUAUGUGAAAGAAUAUCGGGAUGCUCUGGAGAAGCAUGGACUCACCAUACUUCCUGGGAAGGUCCUUUAUCCGCGAGGUCACCUUGGAAUAAGCGAACUUUUAAGUCCGGAUUUGACUGCAGAUCAAAAACUAUACAAAAUUGAAAAGAGUUCAUGGAACAUUCAUUUGUUUGGAAAGGUGACGAAUUCGAAAGUGAUAGAGGAAGGUAGUGUGAUUAGUUCAGUUAUGAAAAAGUUUUCUUUAAAUAUACCACAUGCACCAGCGCCAUUGGUGGGAAACGGGAAGCCAGAUUUCCAAAAUCACCGGUUUUCAUAUCCAUUUGCUCUUGAGGGACCCGAAAAAUAUCGAUUUAUUUCAACGACAACCAACAAGAAUGUGGAUUAUUAUGCUGGCUCUUUGGAUGGAAAUUUUCAAGGAUUGAACGUUAUUUUCGUGCGUGGCGGUCCUGCAAUUGCAUCUAAAUCAAUCAUUGUCGCUAAAGCUGCUCAAGGGAAACUGUCGUUUAGUUCAAACGGCGGUGGUUGGAGUGAGACAUCUAUAACAAUUAAUAAUCCAAAGAAGAAGGAUGUUAAUGCGGUGUUGAACACCCUAAUCUAUCGACCUAGCGAAGAAUUAGAGAGGGCAGGUGGAAAAGACAUCAUUAACCUGGAAGUGACAUUUGGUGAACAUCUCGAUAAAUUAGUUAUUGAAGUUUUAAUACCGGCGCCGGACAGUUUGUAUGAUAAAUAUAAUGAACAUUUAUGA